AUGUUGAUGACGUCAGCAACGAUAGAAGCUCCUGUGUCGCCGCCAUCGCUUGCGGCUAGAUUUCCAAAUCAAAGUACUCAAAAAUUUUUAUUUCCUUUAUUUACUUCUCAACUCAAUUUUCUUUUUCUCCGCAUUUCUCGAACCAAAACCGCAGGUGAUGGGACAGGCAGGAAGAGAAAAUGUGACAAUAGCUGCUACACAUCUCUCUAUCUUCGACUAGAUAAUUCGUACUACCGGUCGAGGUCUCAUACCUCUUACCACUCCAGGUCUUCGACCAGAGCGGUCGCGGUUGCUGCUGUCGCCGCUGCUGUCAAAGCAAAUGCUGUGACAGCCAAGGAGAGCCUUGCGUCCAUCGAAGAAGAAUAUAGAACAAAAAUGGAAGCGAGGAAGGCUGAACUGAAAAAGGAAACGGUCAUUGCCGAAGCCGAAAUUCUCAAUGCAGACCCCGACAACAUAAAUGAAAGGCUCAAAAACGACCACCCGAUAUCCGACUCAAUGCUAGCCAGCCAUGACACCGGCCCACACAUAAAGGAAUACUGGCUGAUCAAACACAUCAUCGCAAGGUUGUCAGUCAUUGCUGACGACGACGCUGUCCAUCCAUCUCCGUCCGUCUUCUGUGGGCUGCCAAAUGAGAUAGCAAACCGAUCAGCGAACGACAAGUUCUCGGGCACAGGUGGCAGGGAAACAUUCCGGCUGCGGAAUUGGCAGGCUGCAGAUGACGCUAGCGUCGUCUUCCCUCGAGCGCUGCUCGUCUCUCCUCCUCGAAGCGCGCCAGUUCGGUGA